AUGAAUUCAGAAAAUCUCAGUGAAAGUAAUCCAGGUUUACUAGAACUGCCACUAGAAUCUAUAGCUCCAGUUUCACCAAUAUCACAUAUGUUUACAGUAUUUCCGGGGCUAGGCAAUAUGAAUUCUUGCACUGAUUUUUUAUUACCUCUUAACCCAGUUUUAUCAGGAUUGUCACUGAAUCUUAUGUCCCUAGUUUUACCAGAACCGUCAUUACCUCUUAACCUGGUUUUAUCAGAAUUGUCGCUGGAUUAUAUGUCUCCUGUUUUAUCAGGAUUGUCAUUAAAUGUUAUGUCUACAUUAUUUUCAACAUCGGUAGACAUCAAUUCUCCUGUUGAUUUUUUAUUAUCUCCAGUCACCAAUUUUAGUAGCGAUCAUCAGCCUUCUGAGCAAGGGUUCUUAAUAGAAAAUAAUAACAUCGAUAAUGGAAUUAUAAUCAACACAGAUUUAGAGAAAAGUGAGAAUCCGAUAGAUACUUCAGAAUUAAAUAAUGACCUAACCUUUGUAGACUGGAUAGAAUUUAAAACGGUUAGAACUAGUCAAAAGGAUAGAGAUGUAAUACGAUGUGCUACUUUAGAAUGUUCAAGAUUAGGUAUUCACAAUCCUCAAAUUACUUCAUUUGUGGAUAACUAUAAUCACAUGCUUAGCACAACUAUCUAUAAAAUGGCACCAAGAUUCAGAAAAUUAAUGCUAGAAAUGUUAUCUGAUAUUGAAAAAUAUGUAAUUCAAGGCCGGAUGGACUCUGGAUCUAUUUACCCUUUACUUAAACAUGACUAUCCCAAUAACCCCAUCUUUAAAAAAGACCUUUACAAUGCAGUAUAUCAGUUUCAAGCUACAAAUAAUCCAGGUGACUCGGAUGCAUCCCAAAUGCUUCAAAUGUUAUUAAGUUGGAAGGAAUUUGACCCUUUAUGGGUGAGGAUAGAGUCUAUCAACAAGCAAAUACAUGAUAAGGUUGAUCGGGUGAUGUCUCUAUGUGACUUGUUAGUUAACAUUAAUAAUUAUGUCAAAAAUGAGGAGCACUUUAAAAGAUUUGAAGUCGAGCAUAGUGCACUACCAACAGUUGGAUUGCUGAUAUUAAAUACUAUGCUUUUUAAACAGAUAGAUGACAUAAUGAAAAAAUUCUUAACACCUAUUAUGCUAGAUAAACAGUAUUUGCAAAUGAAUCAAUCAGUAUGUUAUGAUGUUGAUCAUAUCUUAGAAUGGCAAAAAUUAAUAGAGGAAAAUGAAGUCUUAGAAGUAUGGAAUGUCAGAGCUACUAGAAGAACAGGCAUUGGAAACUAUGUAGUAUUAUUAAAUGAUGCAGCCACUUUUCACAUGGCUCUUAUUCUGUCUAGGUGGUAUCUGGAACCAAAUAUAGAUCAAAGAAAACUUUUACAACAAACAUCAACAAUCAAAGUCUGUUGUACAGUCAGAUCAGAAGGUGUUCAACCUAAUAUUACAUUUGAGAACUUGUUUUCCAUUCAACCAAGCUCUUAUGAUUCGCACUUAACAACAAAGUCUAAAAAAGCUGUAUAUGCCAAACUAUUUGGAUUAUCAAAAAAGGCUAUCGAUUUGGCUAUCAAAUCUGAUAUGUCGCAGGAGCUAGUAAAUAUUCUUAAAUUAUUUCUAAAUGAUGUACAAGACAAAAAUCAACAAACAAAUAAUGAUGACAAUCAGAUUGUCAUAAAUAAUCCAAAUAUUGUUAAGCAUAAGGGCCGGCCACCAAAAAGAUUAAAGUCUAAUAUUGACGAGAGUGACUUGCAUCAAACCCAACAACUAAAUGAACAACUAAAUGAACAACUAAAUGAACAAAAAUAUGUUACUAUAGGCUAG